UCAUGUCGCACAUUGCAGGUCCGUCGCCCAAAAAAUUUAGGUCGUCUUUGGCGACUUCAUUGAAUGUUCCUGUGUCCAGCAAUAACCAAAUUUCCCAUACAGCGAUUAAAGAUCUGUCUUUAGAGACACAAUCGGUGUCCAUCAAGUGUCUGGUGUUUGGCAAAAGUGCCGUAAACCAAACAUCAUCAGUGAAAUACACCAUUUUACUGAGUGAUGGAUCGGGAACAAUAAAGGCUGAAGGCUGGGGUCAACCUGGUUUGGCCUUCUUCGAAUCUGUUAUUGUCGGCUUAUGUUAUAGCUUAUCUAGCUUUGCCAUUAGGGAUCUCAAGGAGAGAUUUUUUAAAUUUUCCUGGUUAAAGAAUCCCCUUUAUAUAUCCGUGGGAUCCUAUUCCAAAGCCAUUCCGGAUGCGGAUAUUGAUAUAGAAGACUUCAACUGGGAUUUCAUUUCACUUAGGGCGUUAAGUAGAAAUUUGUAG